CGUCGCGUGGUCUCAUACUGUAGAUGCGAAGAUGGAGAAGGAUAGUGACUGGCCGAGUUACUUAGGUCCAUUACCUGACCUAGGACAUGGUUUAUGUAGCAUUAACGAGAUGGAUUCUACAAAGAUAAAUGAUAUCGAUGAUGAUUCAGCUGUAUCGGGCGAUCUUGAACAGCAGUUGUUUGAGUUUGUGUCUGACAGUGGACUUGAUCUAAAUUCCUUACUGAAUGACACCAGUGGAAGUCUACUUGAUGUCAGCGAUGUGUCAAGCUAUAUUCAGGCUAACCAGAUCAAAAGUGAGCCUGACAUGUCACCAAAGUCAUGCCCCAACCUCGGUGUGGCGAUGCCAGCAGAGGAACUGCUGCUUGGCAACACAACCAUGCCGACCCCGAACACGGAUAACGUCGACAUUAGCAUGGUUGACACAAGUAUGCUGUUCCCAUCGCCGCCGCCAGAUGAGGAGAAGCCUGCGGCCAAAGUCCAGACAACAGUACUGGUGUCUCCUAGUCGGCAGCAGCUGCUGCAGCAGCUUCAGCAGCUUGGUGUUCAGCAGCUGGGAGUUCAGCAGCUGGGAGUUCAGCAGCAAGCUCAGCAGGUUUCCGUGCAUACAAUCCCACAUCAUGCAGGUGCACAGCUGGUAUUAAAUUCAGUACAACAGUUGCCGGUUGCAGUACAACAGAAUAAUAUUCUGCAACAGCUGAAACAACUGCCUCCCCAUCAGCUCCAACAGCUGCUAGUGAGAUCCCAGGUGGUAAAGACUGAACAAAGCCCAUUGACACAGCGUGCAAAUAUUGUCACUUACACUGCACCAGUGACACUGACCACAUCCAUUGCCCAGCCUGUCCAACAAACCAUGGCAGUCAGCACCAAUAGUGGCCAUAUAUUGACGAGCAAUGGACAGAUAGUAACGACCACUGUUCCAACGUUUGUUGUGGAUGCUGACAAGCUGCCGAUUAAUCGAAUCCAGCCAUCAAAGCGCCCAGUGUCUCCACUGCCCUCAAAGGGGGAGAAGCGUACUGCGCAUAAUGCGAUCGAACGUCGUUACAGGACAAGCAUCAAUGAUAAGAUAAUUGAGUUGAAAAAUCUGGUCGCUGGUACUGAAGCCAAGCUGAACAAGUCUUCAGUGCUGCGCAAGGCAAUCGACUACAUCCGCUUUUUACAGCAAACCAAUCAGAAGCUGAAGCAGGAGAACAUGGCUUUGAAAAUGUUGUCAACCCCACAAAAUGUUGAGGGUCUGCUGACAUUAUCUCAAAACCUACCUGUCACCAUCAAGCCGGAUUUACCAGUCGGCUUCGACACACCACCGAAUAGUGACAAUGGCUCUACGGGUCUGCCUUCACCACCAGACUCAGGAGAUAGUUGUUCAGAGCCAGGCUCGCCGUUGCGUUACCACGUGAACAAAGGCAUGAUGGACGAUGGGGUGGGCGUGACGGCGAAGGGGAUGCUGGACCGCUCGCGCAUGGCACUGUGCAUCUUCAUGUUCACUGUGCUUGCCUUCAAUCCGUUCGGCAAGCUGCUGAAUGUCGGUGCCGAGAACGAUCAGUACAGAGGCGCCGGCGGUGGACGCCGUCUCGCUGCCGUGGACAUGAGUUACAGUCAGAACCUGUUUGAUUGGAUCUUCCCGAGCCUCUUGCUGUGGAUGCUGAACAUAGCUGUCGUGGCGGCCGUGCUCACACGUAUCAUGGUCUACGGAGAGCCUGUCACCAAGCCGAUGUCGAAGGCUUCCGUCCAAUUCUGGCGCCAUCGCAAGCAGGCUGAUGUGGACCUAGCACGGGGCGACUAUGCCGUGGCGGCCAAACAGCUGAAGACGUGUCUGUACACGACUGGCCGCCCGCUGCCCGUCUCCAAGAUGGACCUGGUCGCGUGUCUCGUGUGGAACACGUUCCGUCAGAUGCUGCAUCGUCUGCACAUCGCUGAGAUGCUGACACACCUCGCCGGGCACGGGCAGAGCCGCAGCGACGGCAAGUACACCGACCUGCAGAACUCGUACAAGGACGCCGCGCUCGUCUAUCACAAGCUGCACCAGCUACAGCUGACCGGUCACGUGAACGACGGCGCGCUCACCGGCAUGACGAUGGCCGUCUGCGCUGCUAACAUGGCCGAGGCAGCGAGGAACGCUUUGCCCUACGACACAAUGGCCGAGAUAUUCGUCACAGCCGCCCUGCGCAUGAAGUACUGCCUGCCAUUCAAGGCUGGAUUCGCAGCCCGCUACUUCCUGAGCCGUGCGCGUCACGUGUGCAGCAGCAGCGGUGCCGCUAUCCCUGUCUCCCUGCAGUGGCUCUUUCAGCCGGCCGGACAUCGUUUUUUCGUGAGUGGAGCAUGGGACUUCAGCGGCAAGGACUCGAUGUACAGCACCGUUGGCAACUUGGUUGAUCCUCUGGCACACAUGACGCGUGCAUUCAGAGAGCACCUACUGAAGAAAGCACUGUAUAGCGUGCUGGAACCAGGCCGGAUGAAAGACAGAGAGCCAAUCAAGGACAACGAACCCAUCAGCUCAUCGCAGUGUGCGGAUGUGCUGCAAUACGUGCAGCUGCUGCGUGAGUGCUCCGACGCCGCGGGAGCGUCCAGCAACACUGCUGUCGCGAUCAACUCCUCCGCAUUCAAGGCAACUGGCUCGGAUGAGGUUUCCAAGUGGUGGGCAUCAGUAUUGGGCGUGGCUGCAUAUUGGUUGCUGGGCGAUGAGGAGUCUGCACAAAGACUGUAUCCUAUCGUGGACUCCUUGCCUGCACACCUGCAUGAGACGAUAAACCCACUGCCACGCAGUGUACACAUGGCAUUCAAGGCUAGACGCAUAGUGCUUACAGCUAAGAAAGGCCAGUGCUACAUCAACAGUCUGAACAAGUGUAAUACAGCAGGAAAGAUGCUUGCUGACAGUCUAAGCUACACCAGCCAUGAUAAAGGUGGCCCUGACAUCACCACAGCAGUGCAGCUGCUUGUAUGCGAUUGGUUGCUGUGCACUCGCACAGACAUAUGGCAGGAGGAGACGUCCUACAACCAAGGGGAGCUAGCAGUUGCUACGCAGGCACAACUGCGGUCCUUUCAGAAUGACUUAUCAUCAUUGCGGAAGGUUGCCAGCGAGAUCAAGUCCGCCUUCUCGAAGGUGUUUCUGCAUGAGGCGACGGCGCGGCUAAUGGCAGGAGCAAGUCCGAGUCGUACGCAGCUGCUGCUUGAUCGAACCCUGCGCAAGCGCUGCAUGCCUGCCACACAGGAGCAGGAUUCGACGCAAGAGUGUGGAGUGGGAGACCGUGAGAAGGCAAAGGCACUGCUUAUGGCAUGUCGACACCUGCCGGCAACGAUGCUGUCCGGUCCCAGCCAGAAGGCGGGCAUGCUCGCCGAGGCAGCGCGUACGUUCGAACGUCUCGGCGACGCCAAGUCUCUACGCGACUGCCAUGAGAUGAUGGUGCACUUCAGUGGAUUCGGGCUGAACUCGACCUGCUAGGGGGUGCCACGAAGGUGAUCGGCUAGCCAAGCAGUUUACCUAUCUGCCUGACUGAGAUAAGCACCCCCUUCCUCCCCUGGAUAUUGUUGUUGCUAGGUCGGUAAAGCUAGACUGGUUUGUACGUGUUUUUGACUGAGCGCACGCCAAAUUGUGUGACACUUGAUGCUCAGUAGCUUAUUUAUGACACCCUUUUCGCAACACUUGAUUGGCUAGGGGUGCCUGUUUGGUCCAGGUGGAUAGGUCAGUUGGAAGUAGUCUCGAUAACCUUUGUUUUUCACCUGAAUAUAUACCACCGAUCAAGUGUGAUGUGUGCAAAAAAAAUGGGACCAUAUAUCGGAAUGUGCUGGUGCAACUUCUUGCGAUCACCGUUUGUGAACAUGCGGACUGGACCAUGGGAUUAUGAUGUGAAAUUUGUACUGUUCUUGUGUGCUGUCGGCACCGAUUAUUUUUAAACUGGUACACAAUAUCGGUAAUUUACUUGAAUUGCCCAUAGACAAUAUCAUAAAUUCAAGAACGGUUUGAUGUCAUAUCCAAUAUUCAUAUUACACAUAGCAUAUAUAUAUUAUAUAUAUAUAUAUAUGAGCACAUACUCGUAAGCAACCAGCACGUUUAUACUUGACUUUAUGACACAACAUUCAAGUCAUAUACUAUAUAUCAAUUUUACUUCCUGUGUAGUACUGGAAGAGCUUUCCUAGCAAGGUUCAUAAAUUUGGAGUCAUACAGCAGUAAAGUUGUUUAUACGUAUAUUUAGUUGGGUCUUCUGUGAAGAAAUGUGAUGAUAUCUGAAACGUUGUUAACACAUUGGAAACUUGGCUGAAACACAAU